GGGAUCACUUCUACUGGCGUGUGGGGAUUCUCCUGUGCGAAAAUGCCGGAUCCAGCAAAAUCUGCUCCUGCUCCUAAGAAAGGUUCUAAAAAGGCUGUCACGAAAGUGCAGAAGAAAGAUGGUAAGAAACGCAAGCGCAGCCGGAAGGAGAGCUAUUCUGUUUAUGUAUAUAAAGUGCUGAAGCAGGUUCAUCCAGACACUGGUAUUUCGUCGAAGGCCAUGGGCAUCAUGAACUCCUUCGUGAACGACAUCUUCGAGCGCAUCGCGGGCGAAGCGUCGCGCCUGGCGCAUUACAACAAGCGAUCGACUAUCACGUCCCGGGAGAUCCAGACAGCUGUGCGCCUUUUGCUGCCCGGCGAGCUAGCCAAGCAUGCCGUGUCUGAAGGUACCAAAGCGGUUACCAAAUACACCAGUUCGAAUAUUUUCAAGAUGAAGCUCCUGUUCCUGUCACUAUUCAGGAAUGAAAGUUUCCCCAAGAAUAUAAGACUUUCUUAUUCAAACUACAGUCCAAGGAGUGGUAAACAAGUAAGAUGGCAGUCCCAAGACCUCAAUAUUUCUUUUCUUUGACCAAGAACUCAUUACACAAUGGAUGAGAUAUUUCAGAUGGUUCUGCUAAAAAGAAGCAUAAGAAUCUAGAGAGUAUCACUAUCAACCAAUCCAAGGAACUUUGCUUUAGAUGGCCAAAACCAGAAACAGAGAGCAAAGUAAGAGAACUAAUAGAGCUUGAGCAGUUCUUUAGCAUUUUGCCUUGAAGGAUCCAAACCUGGAUGCUGAUCUAUUGUCCCAAGGAUGGUAAAGAGGUAAUGGCUUGGGACUGGCUGAGUAUUUUGAGAGAGCGAGAGAUUGACAGAUCAAGAUCUCAGUUGAUCUUGGGACUGAGGCAGCACAAGGCACCCAGAAGAAGGAAUUCUUGUGGCAAAAAAUGGAGGAUGCAGAUUUGUGAAAUGAAAUAAGGAACAAUUUAUCUCUGUUGUUUUACAAGAUCAAAGGCAAUAAUUUUAAAUUAUCAGAAGGUAGGGGAAAAUCCAUAUCACUCUUUUGAUAUCAGUGUUUUUAACAUUCAGGGGAACAGAAAAUACCUAAAGAUAUCAGCUUAAUUUUUUGUUGUUGUUGGCAAUGAUGUUUGAGCUUUGUGUAGGUCUUAGUUUCCAGUUAGUGGGAUUAUCAUUUUGAAAUGCGUUGAAGGAAAACUCCUUAGGCCAAGAGGGAAUGUUAAACAGAGUUCAGACACACCACAGAUAUAACCCUGGACAAAGGUUGUUCAGUGUUCUUAAUAAAAUUCCCAAUCCUAGGGAUGGGCCUUAAAUUACUUGAAUUUCUCUCUGGAGAUGUAUAUUUCCUAUAGUUUGGCAUGUCUACUUACUCAAGACCCCUAUUAUAACAUGUAGAAUAAGCAGGAGAAAGGCAUACUGAUUAACUUGUAUAUGCAUCAACCAUAAGAUUACUUCCAGCGAGGGAGCAUAUCCUUGUUUUCGUAGGCUUCUUCCUUCUCCUCCCUGCUGCAAUAUGAAAAUCAAAUGAUCUUGCUUAUAUAAGCUUCU